ACCAAAGCCAACUCCGAAUUCUGAUUCCUACGAGGUACGAGCACUCAAAUAGUCCCACCAAGUAGUCACGUGACAUGCACGAAGAGGGUGAGAAUUCCAGAGUCUAAAAAAGAAAAAAGAUAGAGAGAGAGAAGAGAAAUCCCCAAAAUCCCGAAUUGCGGCAGCGGCGGCCGGAGUAGUACUGGUGGUGGCAACUCCGCGGCGAAGCGGGAAAGCCCCCCAAGUUUCAUUCUUUCUUGUUGGCAUUGUCUCGUCUUCAACUGGGGCUAGGUGAAAUAAAGGAAUGUUUGGAGUUACUGCUAGUGAUGGAAGUAGGAGACGUUUACCGCAAUGGAUGCUGGGCGGGUCAUCUACUGGCCAAGAGGGGAAGUCCAGCAAUGUUGAAGAAAAGGGCAACCAGCUUGAGGAAGGACUUGCUUCUCAAGAGGCAGAAACUGUGACUGCAAAACCUGGUAAAGGGAUCCGGCGUCGUGAAAAGGAAACACUGGGAGAAGGCUUGCAUGUUCUUCAAAAGUGCGAGGCAAAGAAAAGAAAGAGAAAAUCGACUCAACAAGAUGAAGAAUUUGAAGGUAAUGACUCAGGAGCUGUUCUAGAGAAGAAGUGUAGUGGGCGUGGGAGAAGAAAAGUUCAGGAAUCUAUUGCUGCAGAUAGGCAAAAAGCAAAGGCUCCUGGAAAAGGGAUUCAUGAAAAGAAAACGUUGGGAGAGAACUCAUACAUUCUUGCAAAAUGUGAGACAAAAAGGAUUAAUAGUAAAACAAAUGAACAAGAUACGGAUUUUGAUUGCAACGUCCCUGCAAGUUUUCCAGACAAGAUUGGACGUGGGAGAAGAAAAGUUCAAGAAACAGCUGUCCUGAAGAGACAAGAAGCAAAGGAUUCUAGCUGUGGAAGUGGUGAGGAACGAGAAGUCCAGACUUCGAGUGAUGAUGAUGUCGAACUGACAGCAGAAGAUUUAGUGAUGAUUGCUGAAGAGUACAUAAAAGCUGAUAGGAAAUUAGUGCCAGAAAAAGCAUCAAAUCAAAAAUGUGAAUCAGGCAGCAGACUUGCACUAAGAGUCGCUUCCAGUAGUAAGUCAGAUGAUUCUAUGGACUCCCAAAACUGUAACGCAAGAUCACUCAUCCAAGAUGCUACCAGUUCUAAGCCUAACGAGAGCUCGACUAGUGAAGAAAUUGCCUUGAACUCCAGUAGAACAGGGGAUCCUGCUCAGGACAUGCUGGAUCUGUUUUUAGGCCCCUGGCUGAAGAAACCUGUCAAGAAGGAAGCGAGGACUGACAUUUUGACAGACGAUCUGGCAUUUUCCUACAAAGUCGAAUCACAAACUCAUAGUAAUGUUGUUAAAGAAGAAAUUGCCCCCAUAACGAAGAAGAAGACCAGUCUGAAAGACAAGGUGGCAAUGUUUCUUGACUGAAUCAGAUGUUUCAAUCUGUUACAGAACCUCUACAGUACAAUGAAGUGUAUAGCUUUUGUUCCUUACAAGACACUGAAGAUUGAUUAGAUGCACCGAUUAGUCUUCUGUGCAGAUUUAUCAUCUUGCUGCAGAUGUUGCUCAGCUACAAAUUUCUACUCUCAAAAUUGGUUUUCCAGCACAAACCCUAGGAUUUGGUGAAAGGGUGUAUAUUACUUGACACUAGUAUCAACUGCUUAUUCUUUUUUGUAAAUCUUUCGAGUUGAGAUAUCAGUUAGGUACUUAUACUCAAGGAGCUGCUGUUUUAGUAAUAUAGUCAUUCAAUUUAGUAAGGUUUAGGGUUUUAGGGUUGUUAUUACAGUUCUGGUGAAGCAACCUUCAACAUCAUUCGGCGUUAUUUUACGGCUGAAGUUUAGGGCUUUAGUGUUACUCAGUGCUGUGUUGUUAUUCUUAUGUUGCCAUGUUCAUUCUGUAUUCUUGUUUUUCUUUGUGCUGUCUUUUGUUUUUAGUUUGUGUUGUCCUUCCUCUCACUCAUUGAUUGGCUGCAUCGAUUAGUCCUCUGUGCAGAUUUAUCAUUGCGCCACAGAUGUUGCUCGGCUAGAAAUUUCUACUCUCAGACUUGGUUUUCCAGCACAAACCCUAGGAUUUGGUGAAAGGGUGUAUAUUACUUGACACUGGUAUCAAUUGCUUAUUCUUUUUUGUAAAUCUUUCGAGUUGAGAUAUCAGUUGGGUGUAUAUACUCAAGGAGCUGCUGUUUUUGAUCUGUAAUAUAGUCAUUCAAUUUCUCUGAUAUCAUAAAUUUUCUUGCAUUACUACCACCAUGUUUUGAAUAUGAAAACUUGUCCUCCUUAUGCGUUAUUCAGCAUAUGGAAUAAGGUUAGGGUUGUUAUUGCAGUUCUGGUGAAGCAACCUCCAACAUCAUUCGACAUUGUUUUAUGGCUUAAGUUUACGGCUUUAGUGUUAUUCAGUGCUGUCUUGUUAUUCUUAUGUUGCCGUGUUCAUUCUGUAUUCUUGUUUUUCUUUGUGCUGUCUUUUCUUUUUAGUUUUGGUGUCCUUCCUCUCACUCAUUGAUUGACUGCAUAGAUUAGUCUUCUGUGCAGAUUUAUCAUCUCGCCCCAGAUGUUGCUCGGCUAGAAAUUUCUACUCUCGAACUUGGUUUUCCAGCACAAACCCUAGGAUUUGGUGAAAGGGUGUAUAUUACUUGCCACUGGUAUCAAUUGCUUAUUCUUUUUUGUAAAUCUUUCGAGUUGAGAUAUCAGUUGUGUGUAUAUACUCAAAGAGCUGCUGUUUUUUAUCUGUAAUAGUCAUUCAAUUUCUCUGAUAUAAUAAUUUUUCUUGCAUUACUACCACCAUGUUUUGAAUAUGAAAACCUGUCCUCCUUAUGCAUUAUUCAGCAUAUGGAGCAAGGUUUAGGGUUGUUAUUGCAGUUCUGGUGAAGCAACCUCCAACAUCAUUCGACAUUAUUUUACAGCUUAAGUUUACGGCUUUAGUGUUACUCAGUGCUGUCUUGUUAUUCUGAUGUUGCCGUGUUCAUUCUGUAUUCUUGUUUUUCUUUGUGCUGUCUUUUCUUUUUAGUUUGUGCUGUCCCUCUCACUCGUUGAUUGGUUGCAUCGAUUAGUCUUCUGUGCAGAUUUAUCAUCUCGCCACAGGUGUUGCUUGGGAAAUUUCUACUCUCAAACUUGGUUUUCCAGCACAAACCCUAGGAUUUGGUGAAAGGGUGUAUAUUACUUGACACUAGUAUCAACUGCUUUGUAAAUCUUUCGAGUUGAGAUAUCAGUUAGGUGUAUAUACUCAAAGAGCUGCUGUUUUUGAUCUGUAAUAGUCAUUCAAUUUCUCUGAUGUCAUAAUUUUUCUUGCAUUACUACCACCACGUUUUGAAUAUGGAAACUUGUCCUCCUUGUGCAUUAUUCAGCAUAUGGAGUAAGGUUUAGGGUUUUAGGUUAUUGCAGAUUUGCAGUUCUGGUGAAGCAAUCUCCAACAUCAUCCAACAUUAUUUUAAGGCUUAA